AUGAGUCUCAUUCAUCCCGCCCAGCAGCAAUUCGACAAUAUGAACCCGAACCCCUCCGGUAGUCAAGAUCUCGAGUGCAGCUUUAUCUGGAUUCUUGACCAGAAAAGAAAAUUGAACAGGAUCACACACUCCACUUCUGACGCACCAGCCCUGGGAAAGUACAAGGCUUUCCGUCAUCGUGUCCUCUACUCCGAGGCUCUUUAUGAUAAACCAAUGUGGUGGAGUUUUUCGUCUGAGGAGACGAUGGGAAACGAGGCACAAUGGCUUGAGGUGGGCUAUGCCCUGGGUCAACUCGAUACCGUUGUUGAAGCAGAGUCCGAGAUCGUCGGAAGAGAGAAUGUUAUCCUCGUGGGAAUUGAGGAAGGCUGUGCCGUCGGUCUAAUGUAUCUGAUGGAGGCAUGUGAACCUCUGGGUGCCUUUUGCGGAUGCAGACUACGCAUACCCUUACGGAGCGACAUCUCGUUCAUUGGAGAAUUUGAACCAGAAACACCUAUGACCACCGCACAUUCUCUGGAACCCGUAUCUGCCAGUUCUCAGUCGGGCUCUGUGAACAACCUAUUUGACAACGUUCCGGCCGAAGUACCUGAUCAGUCACCAAAGGCCAAGCUUGCCCGGCUUGGAUUAUUCCUUCGCCGUUUGCGGCAGAAACCAGACUACUGCACUCUGAAUUUUUGCGCUAAAACGGCCAUCAACACACCGGUAUUCCUGACGCGAACCCCAUAG